CGAAAUCGAACGGAACGCUUUAGUCAAAAUACAUUUUUACUUAUAUUUAAUAAUACUUAUUUUUAAUAAUAUAAAAAUUGAUCAACGAUGAAGCAGCAUUCGAUCCAAUUAGUCUUUUUAUUAAUAUUCCUUAUAGAAUUUGGAAAAGCACUCAAAAAUUCAGAACAGCGUUGUAUAACGCCUUUUAAAAGAGCUGGUUUAUGUAUCGAUGCUCAAAAGUGUCUACCUGUUUACAAUUUGAUGAUAACAAAUACAAAACUAUCGAGAUAUCAAGAUGAAUUUCUGCGUAAUAGUAGAUGUGAUCUCACCAAUGCUUUAAAGGUUUGUUGUCAAUUAAACACGACUCCAACACCACCAACAGUCGAUAGACCACCAAUUCCAAAAAGACCAGCAAGACCAAUGAAGUAUCAGACUUCUUCGAAUCUUUUGCCUCAGCCGCCGUAUUGUGGUAUUUCAGAUACGGUUCCACUGGGCUCUCGUAUAAUUGGUGGAAAGGCAACCCAAAUUUAUGAAUUCCCUUGGAUGGUCUUAAUCGAAUACACUUUCCCUGAUUCGGGUCAGAAAUACUUAGAUUGUGGUGGUGUUUUAAUAAAUCAUCACUACGUUUUAACAGCUGCCCACUGUGCGAAUGACAAAACAAGCGGCGUUAGACUUGGCGAAUGGAACCAAACAACGAAUCCAGAUAACCAAGGAGCAUUUCGGGCAGAUCCGUUUUUAGAUGUUCGAGUCGUAGAUGUCAUUCCACAUGAAUUCUACGAUUCACAUUCACUUGCAAAUGAUAUUGCUUUAUUACGUUUGGAAAAACCGGUUAACUAUACAAAAUCGAUCAAACCCAUCUGCCUCCCAAGUGCAGUGGGAAUGGUCAACAAAAUUUUUGAUAACAUUGGGUUAACCGUUGCAGGCUUUGGGCAAACAGAGAGCGAUAUUGUAAGUAGCAUCAAGUUGAUGGUUAACAUUGAAGGUUUCCCUCAAGAUAAAUGUCAACGUUUAUAUCGUUCCCUGACACUUAAUCAACUGUGUGCUGGCGGUAAAGCAGAUCAGGAUUCGUGCAACGGGGACUCGGGGGGACCGUUGAUGUGGACGCCAAACAACAGUAACCAUACUUAUUUAGUGGGUCUAGUUUCAUACGGUCCAACACCGUGCGGUCAAGUGGACCUACCUGGCGUGUACACUAGAGUUUCCAAGUACCUUAGUUGGAUAUACACCAACGUCUUACCAUAAAAUUCGUUCUUCGACGAACAAGAUGCACAAUUCGACUAGCAGACGAUAAUUCGACCAGAAAUCCCUUUUGAUUUAAAUAAAUAUCAUACUUUGAACAAUAAAAGUCUCUGAUAUUAUUAUUCAAA